AUGCACACUGCCCCCGCCAAGACGCAAGCACAACAAGCAUUACCACCAACGACCCUUGCGCGUGUCGACUCCCUCUCCUCUCCACCCCGCCCCACGAUCACCGAAGCCCGACUCAAUGACCUCACGCCGACUCGACAGAAAAAAAAGGGGCUGGUCAGAGGUCAAAUUCUCGCCAAGACGAUAAUGCGGGAGGAAGGGAUGCACGGCGUGGCUUGGCGUCGGUGGACAGGUACAGGAUGA